GGCUCCGGCCGGAAGCGCUCUCUCCCAGGCCGCAUUUCCUUCCUGUGCGAGGCCGGGCAACGGCUGCUAUCGCCUGUGGUCCUACCUCGGGUUAACUGUCAAGAUGGUACAUGCUGAAGCCUUUUCUCGUCCAUUGAGUCGGAAUGAAGUUGUUGGUUUAAUUUUUCGUUUAACGAUAUUUGGUGCAGUAACAUACUUUACGAUCAAAUGGAUGGUAGAUGCAAUUGAUCCAACCAGAAAGCAGAAAGUAGAAGCUCAGAAACAGGCAGAAAAACUGAUGAAGCAGAUUGGCGUGAAAAAUGUGAAGCUUUCUGAAUAUGAAAUGAGUAUUGCUGCUCAUCUAGUCGACCCUCUUAACAUGCAUGUUACUUGGAGUGAUAUAGCAGGUUUAGAUGAUGUCAUUACAGAUCUGAAAGACACAGUCAUCUUACCUAUCAAAAAGAAGCAUUUGUUUGAAAAUUCCAGGCUUCUGCAGCCUCCAAAAGGUGUUCUUCUGUAUGGGCCUCCGGGCUGUGGGAAAACAUUGAUUGCCAAAGCUACAGCCAAAGAAGCAGGCUGUCGAUUUAUUAACCUUCAGCCUUCAACACUGACUGAUAAGUGGUAUGGAGAAUCUCAGAAAUUGGCUGCUGCUGUUUUCUCCCUUGCCAUAAAGCUACAACCUUCCAUCAUCUUUAUAGAUGAAAUAGGUCAUAGUGAUGGGAGCUACAAAUCGUCCUCAGGAUCUUGACUCAGCUAUAAUGAGAAGAAUGCCUACACGAUUUCAUAUCAACCAGCCUGCUCUGAAACAAAGAGAAGCAAUCUUGAAACUCAUCUUGAAAAAUGAAAAUGUGGAUAGGCAAGUAGACCUGCUAGAAGUUGCCCAGGAAACUGAUGGAUUUUCAGGAAGUGACCUGAAAGAAAUGUGUCGAGAUGCUGCCCUCCUCUGUGUCAGAGAAUACGUUAAUUCUACAUCGGAAGAAAGUCAUGAUGAAGAUGAAAUUCGGCCUGUGCAACAGCAGGACCUGUAUCGGGCAAUUGAGAAGAUGAAGAAAUCAAAGGAUGCAGCGUUUCAAAAUGUUUUCACUCAUGUUUGUUUAGAUUAAGAGUAAGAUCAUUUGUGUGGUUCAGCAGCCUAGUUUGGUGUGUGCUCCCAUCUCUCAGUGGAAGGAGUGCUCUAAAACUGAGAGGGAGAUACAUGCCUGUGGUUUUAUACUCAGAUCCUAAGUUAUUAAGGCAUAGUUGUUACAUAACGGUGUUACUACUUGUCAGAAAUCAUGAGGAGGAACAGUGUAGUUCAGCGGAGUGGGUGCUCGUGUUUGAACUCUUUAGCCAUAUGUUGUUCUAGCCUUAUAGAGUCUAAGCUGGUCUUAAAGUAAUAAUGAUUUGUUGAGUCAUUAAUGAGAAAUGGGAUAUGGUUAGGUGCUGGUUCCUAGACAUUUAUGUGUGUAUGUGAGUAUGUAUGUAUGAAUGUAUAUUACAGUGUAUAUAUCCACACAUUUUUUAUUGGCAUUCUGUAGAUAGGUUUGAAUACAGAAACUUUUUUUUUUACCCCAACUACUGAAUCCAAAAUAUCAAAUAGUCUGUAGCAAAACUAGGAUUUUAAGGUUGUGUCUAACAUGUACAGUAAUUCAGCCAUUUCUAGUUGUCAUCUGUUUUAGCUUUUUCUAAUUGAACACUUUCCCUGUCCACCGUUGGUUGAAUCUGUCACAUCCGAACAUGUAGCUCAGUUAUAAUGGAUGACAGGAUAAUCAAACAAUAUUUCCUCAGUGAUCAGCAGUGAAUGGCUGAUUGUUAGGCAGACUGGGAUCAGCAUUGAUUUCACCUCAUUCUGCUGUUACACUGGAUACUUUAAGUUUUUAAAUUCAUUUACAGUAACUUGGAUUGAAAGCCUAUGCAAAAAAAAAUGGGUUUGAGGACUCUCAGUGUUCUUCAAUACAUGUAUGUGCUUAAUUAAUGUAACGGUUCUGUUAUAACUAUGUUUCUUAAAUGUUGGUUAAAAAUUUUGUGUUCUUUAAUUAUGUUCAAAUUUAAUUUGGCCACCAAAACAACGAUAGUUUAUAUUUGUAGUCAUUACUAAAUGUGCUAAAAAUAAUCGUUUUGUAACUUCACUUUUAAAUUCUUCUCAGUGUAGUUUGUGUACAAAUGUACACAUUCCAAUUCCUGUAUUGUGUCUGUAGUCAUUUGAUGCUGUGUGAAGCACAUACAAAACUUUUUUGUGUUGAUAAUUCCAGUAACCAGAAUUCUGUUACAGGCACCUAAGCACACAAGAGGUAAAUGCCACACACAAUCUUAAGGUGCCUUCUAAGUCAUCAGAAAGAUUAAAUUACGUAAAAUAUGCUUUUGUUUUUAUUAUUUGUUUUAUUUCUUUGAAACUCUAGAUCUUUAUGAGUUUAUUGGAUCAAUUUCUCUAAUGAUGUGUCUCACAAGAACCUCCUGGAUUCUUUAUGCAUCCCUUUGUACUUUGGUGGUUAUAGAUUGGAGAAUACCUAGGAUAGCAUAAAGCAAAUCAUGAGUGUGAAGAUGAUGGGGGAAAUGAAUGUAAAAUACAAGAUGCCAAGAAACAUGUUCUGUUUUUAGUAAGUGUAUUAUUAUUUUAUAAUUUACAAUAAAGGGGCCCCUCUUUAUUGAUUCCA